AUGGCCGACUCACCCACCCUCAGCAUAACUCUUCUUGGUGCCGGACAAGAGGUCGGUCGCUCAUGCUGUGUCUUACAGUACCGCGAGAAGACUAUCGUUCUUGAUGCCGGCGUCCAUCCAGCCCAUAGCGGCAUGGCCUCGCUGCCCUUUGUCGACGAGUUGGACUGGAGCACCGUCGAUGCCAUCUUGAUUACCCACUUUCAUCUCGACCACGCAGCCGCGUUGACCUACAUCAUGGAGAAGACUAAUUUUAGAGAUGGGAAGGGAAAAGUAUACAUGACACACCCAACUAAAGCGCUCCAUCAGUUCAUGAUGCAAGAUUUUGUUCGAAUGAGUAAUUCAUCAACGGACGCGCUCAUCUCCCCGCUUGACUUGUCAAUGUCUAUCUCUUCUAUCAUCCCUGUGUCCGCCCAUCAGCUGAUCACCCCCUGCCCGGGUAUCUCCUUCACCCCGUACCACGCUGGCCAUGUCCUGGGCGCCUGCAUGUUCCUCAUCGACAUCGCCGGUGUCAAGGUUCUCUAUACGGGCGACUACUCCCGCGAAGAAGACCGACAUCUCGUCAAAGCCGAAUUGCCGCCCGUACGCCCUGACGUCCUCAUUGUGGAAAGCACGUACGGCGUGCAGAGCUUGGAGGCGCGGGAUGAGAAGGAGCUGCGAUUCACAAAUUUGGUACAUGCUAUCAUCCGACGCGGUGGCCACGUCUUGCUCCCUACUUUUGCUCUUGGACGUGCUCAGGAACUGCUGCUUAUCCUUGACGAAUACUGGAAGAAACAUCCCGACCUGCACAGUGUGCCGAUCUAUUAUGCUUCGAAUCUCGCGAGGAAGUGCAUGGCGGUGUAUCGAACUUAUAUCCACACCAUGAACUCCAACAUCCGGACAAGAUUUGCGAAGCGAGACAAUCCCUUCGUGUUCAAGGGUUGGGAGCGCAAGAUCGCGGAGGGUCCUCCGUGCGUGGUCCUGGCCAGCCCUGGUUUCAUGUCGUCAGGACCCAGCCGAGAACUCUUGGAGCUAUGGGCGCCCGAUUCUCGCAAUGGCCUUAUCAUCACUGGGUACUCAAUCGAAGGGACCUUGGCGCGGGACAUGCAAAACGAGCCAGAUGAGAUCAUCUCAAUGAAAGGCGUCACUAUCCCUCGCAAGCUCUCUGUCGACUAUAUUUCCUUCAGCGCCCACGUGGACUACUCACAGAACUCAGAGUUCAUCGAACUAAUAAAGGCACCGCAUAUAGUCUUGGUUCAUGGUGAGCAGACAGGCAUGGGCCGUUUGCGCGCCGCAUUACAGGCGCGAUAUAAAAACAGAGGCGAGGAGGUCAAAAUUCACACGCCGCGAAACUUGGAGACGUUGAACCUCACAUUUCGAGGGGAACGCGUAGCCAAGGCCAUCGGAAAUUUGGCCGCGAAACCACCGAAAGCGAACGAUACAUUCUCAGGGUUGCUCGUAGCCAAGGAUUACUCGUACACACUGCUUGACCCUCGCGAUCUGCGGGACUUCGCUGGGCUGUCGACGUGCGUUGUCACACAGCGACAAAAAAUCGCUCUCGGGGUCGGCUGGGACCUCGUCCGGUGGCAUCUAGAGGGCAUGUACGGGACCGUGGAGGAGGGCAUGGACAAGGACGGGGUGCCGACAAUGCGGGUGAUGAGCGCGAUCGACGUCAAGCUGAUAAGCGAGCACGUACUAUCGUUAGAGUGGGACUCUAAUGCUGCGAACGACAUGAUCGCGGACUCCACGCUAGCUCUCAUUACCGAUAUCGACAAGAGCCCGGCGUCCGUAAAGCUGACGGCCCAAUCACAUUCGCAUUCACAUUCACACCCACAUACGCAUCCGCACUCGGACAGCGACUACGCCGCGAACCCGAUGACGCGGAUCCAGCGGCUGGGCAUGUUCCUUGAGGCGCACUUUGGCGAGGUCGAAUACCACAUGCCUGAGGACGAGCCUGAGGAUGACGAAGUGGAGCAAGGCGAGUCUACGAGCCGCGAGCCGUCGUUCCUCAUCCAGCUGGAUGAGGCAGACGCGCGAAUCAACCUCAUCUCGAUGACGGUGGAGAGCAGUAAUGAAGCCUUGCGAAAGCGCGUGGAGGCCGUGCUGGACAUGGCCGCGUCGACGGUCAGCUCUUUGCACGAAUCGUUCUCCUCGGGAGAUGCGAUGGAGGACGAAGAGAGCAUGAUGGCGAAAGCGAAGUCUACCGCCAACAAAACUCUCGAAAGCGUCCCGGAAGAAGAGCAAGGCCAAGACAAAGCUGUCGAAAGUGCAGAGAAGACGGCCGAGGAUAGCUCACAAGGUGAUACGCAAGACAAUUCGCAGGAGAGCACACUUGGAGUGGAUCAGAAAAACGCUGAGGGCGACGAAAGCGAUGAUUCCGAGCCGGAGGGCACUGAGCUGGAAGUGCAUGGUUGAUCUGACUAGUUGUAUCCUGUCGUUGUUUCCGUCUAUCACUCGUGUAUUUGUACAUAUAGUGCUGUUGCUAUCGUUGGUCCCAACAUCAAGCAUCAGGUUC